CGAAUUCAAACAACGGUACGAUACCUACAAUACAUAAAAUAAUUCGGCUCGAUCGCAAUUUUACUAUAUCAAAGUCCGCUCAAAAAUGUGUUUUAAUGGCUACUGGAGUAUCGAAAAAUGCAAAGAACAGAACGAGAGCGACGAUCAUUGGGAAUUACGAAGGCGGUUCAUGGAACGAUGGAGGAAUCAUUAUCCAGAAAGCAAGCUGAUGUGUUUGGCUAAAGUCUUUGCGAAUAUGGAGUGGCUGGGGUGCCGGUACCCUACUGAAAUCAUGAAAGAAGUAGCCGCGCUCUCCUAUGACGUACUCGAGGACUACAGAAGUGCUUGUGCAGACAAAAUAAAACGUACAUUUGUUCCGGCUUGGGAUUACCCCUCAGAACCUUCUGGUAACCUGGAGACAUAUGAGGAUUGGUUCGAAUCAGAAGAGGAAGCGGUUGCACCUUUGCAGGAAGGUGAAAAUUUACAAACUGCCGAGAAAAAGAGACAUCGGUCCGGGGCUGAGAAGCGGCGGUACGCCUUUUGGGUCAAGCUUGGCUACUCUAAAAAGGAGGCUGCUGCACGCUGCCCACGCCCAUUAGCAGAUUUCCCCGAGUAUAAACGAGAGGAUUAUCCCACAGAACCUUCUAGAAACCUGGAGACACCAUGUGAGGAUUGGUCCGAAGCAGAAGGAGUAAUCACUUUUACUUCGGGUGCGAUUACACCCGAUUCAUGGGAAGAUCAGGGCUCACAAAAUUCCGAGAAAAAGAAACAUCGCUCUGGGGCUGCGAAGCGGCGGUACGCUUUGUGGCUCAGACGUGGGUACACUAAGGAGGAAGCUGCCGCUCGCUCCCUACGCCCAAUGGCGGAUUGCCCUGAGCUUAAACCAAAGCAUGCUGGGGAAGGAUCAGGGCUCCAACCGCGAGCGAAAAAAAGGCCCAGAGAUGAAACAUCCUCACUGGAAGAACCUCACAGGAAGACAGCUAGAAGUGAGACUGUUGGCAGACCUACCCCCCCAAAGUUCACGGCAGUCGCCGAGUCCAUUAAAGUCGGUAUUGUGGACGAUAAAGGACCCAUGACUGAAGCACAAAUAGGGCUGGUCCAAGAUGCCAUCAUAGACAGGAUCCACAAGGGUACUACAGUGCCACAAUUCUUAGGUUCAUGUGUCAACCCAGGUUGGCUGAGCCUGAUCUGCCAGAACAAAGAAACCAAGGAAUGGUUAAUGACCACCAUCAGGUCAAUCGAGCUUUGGGACGGAGCUUCAUUACGCGUGGUCACUAACUUUCCCAAGCCCACCAUCAUAACAUGUACUGUCAAGGAUGUUAGAACCGACCCUAAAGUAUUAUGUUCAAGGUUGGCAAUACAAAAUCAAGACAUGGAAAAAGAUAUUUCGCGCUGGAGACUCCUUAAUGCUGUUGUCAAAAAAGAUAGACGUAUUCUCUGCUUCCGUAUUGAUGAUGUGUCGUUGAAGAAGCUUCAGAAGCGUGGGUUCAAGUUAUGCCUCAAUUUGUCAAUGGUCACAUUUCGACAUCAUUCUAAAGCCAAAAUGGUAGAAGAUAGUGGGCCAGCUGAACCCGAUAGUGCAACUGAGGCCUCGGACGGUGAAUGCUUUCAACAGCCUUCUUCAACCCAAACUGCUUCCACAUCCACCAUAUCCAGACCCUCGUUUCACCCUCAACCAGGGAGUAGCAAAGUUCCUUUCAACAUUGACGAAUGGAACGCAAAGAAGUGGCAAGACCCAACUCAAUCAUCUGUGGAUUACUCACAGUGGAGGUUUCUACCGCGUCUACCCAUAGAAUCACAAGACUUAACCCAAACGGGUAAUAAAUAUCCAGUCAUGCAGCGGAGUAGCAAAAAUCCUUUCGAAUGGAACAACCCAAAGGUCCCCCAAUACCGAAUGUCUUCAUCGUUCACGGGUUGCACACAGUGGAAGCUAGGACCACCAGUACAAGACCAUAUACAACCGAACAGUCAGAUCACAGAACGGCAACCACUUCGAACAUUCAGUGCUGGGUCAAGGGGGCACUUUAAGACCCAUGGCACUAGAGGUCGGGGCGCUUCUGUCAGGGGCAGACCGGUACAACUGCUUGACUGAAAAGUUUCCCAGAAACCC